AUGCAGUCAUCAUCGUCCCGGGCGCUCGUGCGUCUGUCAACAAGAGCCUUUGGGGCAGCCUCGAAGUGGCCUCCUCUAUCGCGAAGGCGAUUUGCUACAGUUGUUGAUCAAGCACCGAAAGAUCCUACAGAGUUCGACCAGAUCAGCACCCUGCCAAAUGGUGUCCGCGUAGCCACCGAAGCUCUUCCAGGGCCUUUCUCAGGUGUCGGCGUAUAUGUCGAUGCCGGAUCACGUUAUGAGAAUGAAGAACUACAAGGCGUCAGCCACAUCAUAGACCGGUUGGCUUUUAAAUCUACCGGCUCAAGGACAUCAGACGAAAUGCUCGAGUCUCUAGAAAGCCUUGGCGGAAACAUACAGUGCGCAUCUUCGAGAGAAUCGCUCAUGUAUCAGUCCGCUAGCUUCAACUCCGCUGUGCCUACAACCUUGGGUCUCCUCGCCGAGACUAUACGAGACCCCCUGAUCACAGAUCUCGAAGUCCAGCAGCAACUCGAGACCGCUGAGUACGAGAUCAGGGAGAUAUGGUCGAAGCCAGAGCUCAUCUUGCCCGAGCUGGUCAACAUGGCUGCGUAUAAAGAUAAUACCCUAGGAAACCCACUGCUCUGCCCGCAAGAACGCCUAGCAUUCAUCAACAGAACUGUAGUACAGAAGUAUCGUAACACUUUCUUCCACCCGGAGAGGAUGGUGGUAGCAUUUGCAGGCGUCGGGCAUGACGAAGCCCUGAGACUGACGGAACAAUACUUCGGCGAUAUGCAGAGACAGCAGAGUCCAAGUCUCUCCCAGUCUGGCCCCGACGUCUCGAUGUCAGACAUGUCUUCCCAACGCUCUUCCUCAUCUAACUCCUUAUCGUCGUCGUUAUCAUCAGCAUACUCAUCGCCCUCAUCCACACCGCCUUCCCCACCUCAAUCGUCCUCAAGAUUGCUCUCGCACAUACCCUUUCUCAAAAGCCUGUCAACUUCUGCUCCAGCUCAAGCAUCCGUCUUGGAUGGAUAUCCGUCGCAAAUUCACCAAAUCAAUCUCGAUACACCUUCCCAUUACACUGGGGGCUUCCUCUCCCUUCCUACUCUUCCCCCACCUGCGAACCCAGCUCUACCCGAUCUCACCUACCUCCAUUUAGCCUUCGAGGCUCUUCCUAUCUCAUCUGAGGAUAUCUACGCGCUCGCAACCUUACAGACUCUACUUGGCGGUGGAGGCUCAUUCAGCGCCGGUGGCCCUGGAAAGGGCAUGUACUCACGACUCUACACGAACGUGCUCAAUCAACACGGCUGGGUCGAAUCGUGUGUCGCUUUCAACAAUUCAUAUACUGACUCCGGGCUUUUUGGCAUCAGCGCUAGCUGUUCCCCCCAGCGCGCGUGGCAGAUGCUGGAAGUCAUGUGCCGCGAGUUACAGAAUCUGACCUUGGAAAGCGGAUUCUCGUCUCUGCAAGUGGCAGAAGUGAAUCGUGCGAAGAACCAGCUAAGAAGUUCGUUGCUCAUGAAUCUAGAAAGCCGGAUGGUGGAGUUGGAGGAUCUCGGAAGGCAGGUUCAGGUCCAUGGGCACAAGGUUGGUGUUAAAGAGAUGUGUGCGAAAAUCAAUGCCUUGACAGUCAAAGACUUGAGGAGAGUUGCACAGCAAGUUUUUGGAGGCCGUGUAACAAAUGCAGGACAAGGCAGUGGAGCACCAACGGUUGUCUUGCAGGAGGGCUCGACAGCUAAUGGCAAGGUGGACUUUGGGUGGGAGAGAAUUCAAGAGAAGAUCUCGAAGUGGAAGCUGGGGAGGAGAUAG